GAUCUUUUAAAUAAUAACAAUCGAGUAUCCGUGGCAAAAGCCAUAUUCUUUGCUUAUACCUUAUUUUGUGAUUAUUUUCAGUUUUUACAAGAGAAAUAAUAAAAUCAAUAGUAAAUUUUCUAUUCUCAUUCGAUGUAUUAAAUAUUAAAAAAAUAAAGAAAAAACCUCUUUAUUUUGACAAAGAGGAUCCUGACUGCUUGUAAUGCGUGCUUUCAUUGUCAUUUGAAGUCUCGAACGUGAUAGUUCCAUGUAUAAAAAUUUGACAAUAAAGUGCAUAUUCGAAUUGCCAUUGUAGAUAGCAUUAUUGCGAUCAGGAAUUUGAUAGGACUUAAUAUGAUAGGCAAAAAUGAAGAAGAAGAUACCAAUGAUAAUAAUUUAUAUCGAAUUAAAUUAAUAGCCAAUAAGAGAAAAUCUUUGGAAGACAAUACAGCACAAAUUCAAGAGAAGAUUAAACAUUGUUUUGCACAAUUGACAGAUGUAUUAAGAUCGAGAGAAAGGCAACUAUUGCGUCAAGCUGAAGCAGUACACACUCAACAGCUUUCUUUGUUACAAUCGAGCUUAGAUUUUAUUCCUUCGUUAAUUGUGAAUUUGCAAAAGAAAGAAGACCUUUUAGAACAGAUACAUCAUUUUGGGAAUAUAGAAUUAUCCGGAACGAAUUGUAUUACCGUCAAAGAUAUUGAACCUUACAAAGUUGCGGAAUACGAAGAAGCUAAUAAAGAUCAUGUCAGUUUUGACAAGUCCAUUAAAUGUGAGAAAGAUGUAGAUGCUAUAAAUAAACAAAUAAGGAACAUUGAUAUCGAUAAGUUAAAUAUAUCAUUAGAUUGCGCGAGUAUCUUUGAUGAUUCCAGAAGUUUUUUAAACUCCAGUUUAAAUUCAAGCAUAGAAAACGAAAGACAUUUACAAAUAUUAGAAUCAAAUGAUAUUACUGAAAUGUGCAAGGAUUCUAAAGUUCUGCCAUUGUGUUCUUCAUUAUACAUAAUAAAGCAAGAUCCUAAUACGUAUGUUAAGGAGAAUGGAGAACAUCAAUUUAAUAAUAAAUGUGCAAAUGACCUACAGGAUAUUAAUGUACCGAAUCAAGGCGCAGAUGUUUUAAUGAACGGAAGUGAAGAUAUUAAUAUACGAGUGCAGCUACAUGAAAAGUCAUUGGAUAAGACAGAUUCGUUUGAAUCUAAUCAUUCGGAUGAUCAACGUGAUAUGUCUGAUCGAAUAAAAAAUAUGGAAUCUAUAAAAAAUCAAGAUGUUUUGAAACCUGUCUGUGAACAUCCAAAGCAAGUUCAGCAAUGGUUACAACAAAUAUUGGUGGAAACAGAAAUAGAACCGAUAGUUCACGAAGUAGGACAAUUUUCCGAAUUAUCGGAAGUUCAGCAUUAUAAUAAGCUUCAACUGGAAACAUAAAUAACGUUACAUAAUGUUUGACAUCAAAAAGGAAUUGCACUACUUAUUUAAUUUAUAUCUCUUUGAAUUUUAUAAGAAUACUUUCAUGUCUUAAGUGGGGCCAAAGUUUCCAUGAUAAUGGAAAGUAAACCAAGAAGUCUGAUUUAUCAUUACAAUUAUGUCAUAUGCACUUUAUAACUUAUUUUCAUUAUUCGAUAUUAUUUCAUAUUAUGAUACACCGGACUUAUCUUUUUUUAUAUUUGUAUUCGAGUUUGUAAGGCAUUCUUUACAUUUAGAAAAAUGCACAUAAAGUAAUAAUGUGAUUUCAUUUUGUACUUUGAACAUUUUAUUUUUAUAAAAGUAAUUUCUUACAAGUUUUGAGUACUUCCAAAUACUUCUUUUUGAUGUUACGUUUCAUUUGUAUAAACUGAAAUGCACUGCACCAAUUGAAAGAAACGUUAAUAAAUAUUUAUUGUUCGUCAUUGAUAUAUAACACAAACGAAUAUUAAUUUGAAUAAUGUCCAAUAUACAUAUUGACUUAAAAACGCAAGAGUAAUAUUGAGAGUAAUACUUAUAACAGUACUUCAUUAAAAUUUACAUCAUUAUUUUAAAUCCAAUAAAAUCUAAGUUGUUAAUGGUACACAGAUUGCAUGAGGCGUUGCAAUAAGUGAUUAAAUCGUACCGAAAUAUCAUUUAUUAAUAUAUGUGCGUAUAUUUUUAUUAGAAUUAAUUUAAAGGCUCGGUGGGGUUUGAACGAAUUACAAUUAGCAUGCAAGUUUUUUAUUAUGUUUUUCUUCUUUUUUUUUUUAACUAUAUAUAUAUAAGAUUUUAUAUAUUUAUGUAUCAUGUAUAGGUGUGCUUUAAAAGUCACCUUCCUUUUUGAAGUGACGAAUAUAUAAUAAGACAUAAGUUCAUAUACAAUUAUACCCUUUAUUUAUUAUCAGUUUGACAACUGAACGUCUAUUUUACGUAAUCGAAUAUUUAUAUAAUAGUCUUUUUUGUACUGGUGUUAUAAGCGAAUAUAUAAAUGGUACUUUUAUUCCAUAUUGUGCUGUUACAUGUUCUCUAAUUAUCAUUAUCAAAGCAAGAAAAUGUUUUACUAUAAAAAAUAAUCUUUCAAGUUUUUCGUUUUGUUUGUUCUUGUAAUUUUUCACAUACAAAUAUAUGUAAAUUAAUUAUAUCAUAUUCAUAAUAUUCAUAGACGAUCAAAUAAGUAUCGGUUGUAAAAGAUGUGUACUGAAAAUAUUACCCAUAAGUUGUUAUAAAUCUUAUGGUAAAUGCUCUGUUCAAUUCCUUAGUAAUAUUUAAAUAUGAUACAUUGAAGAUAUUUUACAUUACAUUAAUAAAGAACUCGAUAAUUGCUUA